ACCCCAGCCCAACAGUUGGAGAUAUUGCAUUAUCUAGCUAACUGCUGAGCUGCAACAUUAUGCCAAAGAAGAAGAACUGAUGCGUAGACCAGACGUAUAAAAUAACGGUGCCGACCCGGAAUUGAGUUGUUGCCUUUUAUUCGAUGGGUUGAUUCAAUAAAAAAAUUAAAAAAUUCGUAGCAGAAUCACCGAGUUUGACGAGCAAGCACGAUUGACACGAAUAGAGGAGAAGAGAACACCCGAAAGGCGCAUCUUUAGAUGUUUCUUGUCAAGGCAGGUUUGCGGACAGCUAUAUUACUUGGAGGGUCCCCAAUGACAUUAGCUAGCUAGGCUAUGUAAUUGUUAAGAGUGAUGCCGACCGACUGUAUGUUAUUGUUAACGUUUAAUGUUUUUGUGUUUGUGUAUUCGUCCACGAUUUGCGUCUACUGGGAGUAGUGAACAAGUUUAUCUGGCUGUAGGCUACACCAACAAGGUUUCCCCCCAGGAUCACCUUGACAAAGCAGGCCAGAGUUGCUACUUUUUUCAACAUUUUUGCACGGCACUCUGUAGCUAGUAAGAUUCUAAACGCCCUCGGACCUCUGGACGUUGACAUCCUGCCUCCACAAAUCCCACCAGACGAGUGAGUUUGCAUCCGUGUGUCAUCGCAGCACUGUCAUGCUGCUGUCUCACUCCGACCUAUGGAAAGUCAGUUUGGAGUACAUCUCCAGACCCUGCACGGUGGUCCUCGCCACCAUCACCGCUGCCCUGUACUACCUCUGGGGCCGUGAGGGCCAGACACCGGUCUUGGUGUGUAGCGAUGCAUUCCGUGUGUUCCUGCAGAGGCACUGUCCCGUGGUGGCUGAGCGCUUCAGCCCUACUCCCUGGUGCUGGGGCGGCCGGCUGCAGACACUGGUCAGAGUGCUCAUCAAGUCCAGCCCCCAGGUUGACUACAGGAAUGAGUUGAUCAGGACAGCUGACGGAGGUCAGAUCUCUCUGGACUGGGUAGAUAACGGGGCCAGCGCCGCCUACCCAGAAUGCUACUCUCGUCCCACAGUGCUCAUCCUGCCGGGCCUCACAGGGAACAGUCGCCAGACCUACGUCCUCCAUGCCGUCAGCCAAGCCACACGCCGCGGAUACAGAUGUGUGGUCUUCAACAAUAGAGGGUUUGGAGGAGAAGAACUACUGACCCCUCUGACCUUCUGUGCGGCGGACACCUCAGACCUGGAACGGGUGGUCCUCCAUGUCAGGGAACUCUUCCCACAAGCCCCUCUGCUGGGCACCGGCGUGUCUCUGGGAGGCAUGCUCUUGUUGAACUACCUGGCUCGUAAGGGUAGUGAGGCAGGGCUCGUUGCCGGCCUCACCAUGUCUGUCAGCUGGGACACACUGGAGUCCUGUGCCUCGCUGGAACAACCAAUCAACCGCCUGAUCUUCAACCGACACCUCGCCAGCAGCCUGUGCCGAGCCAUUAACAGACACAGGAAGAUGUUGGAGACUGUGGUGGAUGUGGACCAUGUACUAAAGGCACGUACUAUCCGGGAGUUUGACGAGCGCUACACGUCGGUCAUGUUUGGCUAUAAGUCCUGUCUGGACUACUACCAGGAGGCCAGCCCAAACUACAAGCUUCCCAGGACGACAGUGCCCAUUCUCUGCCUCAAUGCUGCCGAUGACCCCUUCUCCCCCAAACAUGCCCUCCCGGUGGCCCUAGCCAAGCGCCUGCCUAACGUAGCCCUGUUGGUGACAUCCCACGGCGGACACAUAGGCUACCUAGAGGGCCUUUACCCACGUGGGGAGGGCUACAUGGACCGCCUGUUCGGCCAGUUCAUUCAGGCAGCCUUUGAUCACCCUGGGGACCUCAAGGGGGCCUGCAGCAUCAAGGAAGACCUGCUGGAUUGACCUCAGACACCCUGGGCAUGUGAUAAGGUCCUGAGUGAUCUGGGACUGACCGAUUAACCUCACCAGCACCCCCUCUUCUUUUUAAUCUCAGGUGCUUAUUCGUCGACCAAUCAGACAGAGCUUAACGCAAUAGACACUAUGACAUCAUAUGUCAAAAAUGUUAUAAAUUGAUUUGCAUUUUAAUGAGGGAAAUAAGUAUUUGACCCCUCUGCAA